AUGAAGAACGACAAGAAAACGAAGAAUGCUGCUCCUGCGGCGAGUCAAAUCGCUGAUGAGCGAUUUGCCGACUUCGAGACCGAUCCUCGAUUCCGAUUGCCCUCGAAGAAGCAGACAAAAACUACAAUCGACAAGCGAUUCUCGCGCAUGCUCAAGGAUGACGAGUUCACUGCUACCUCCAAGGUCGAUCGAUAUGGCCGAAAAGUAAAGUCAGACUCCAAGAAGAAGGCUCUGCAAAGGUUGUACCGCGAGGAGGACGAGGAAGAAGAAGACGAGGAGGAGGGAGGGGAGAAAGAUGACAUUGAGGUCGAUGAUGACGAGGUCGUUCAGCGAGAAUUGCUCAAGGCGCACGAGAAAUAUGACCCUGCUCGUGGAGGCGGCUUCUCAUCCUCUGAAGACGAUUUUGAUUCUGAGGAGGAAGAGUCUGACUCUGACGAAGAAGAAGGUGGCGCGCAAGUCGAUACCGAGGGUGACAUGCAGCGAUUUCAAGACGAGCAAAACGACGUCGAGGCUGGAGAAGUGACGAAUCGAAUCGCCAUUGUCAACCUUGACUGGGACCAUGUUAAAUCUACCGACCUAAUGGCCCUCUUUAACAGUUUCCUUCCCGAGACUGGCGGCAAGAUCGAAAAGAUUUCAGUAUACCCUAGUGAAUUUGGCAAGGAGCGCAUGCAGCAGGAAGAAGUUGAAGGACCACCGAAGGAAUUGUUCAAGAACUCCAAAAACGACUCGGACGACGAUUCGGAUGAUAGCGAUGAGGAAAGCGAAGAUGGAGACGAGCGAAUCAAGAAGGGUUUGCUCCAAGAGGGUGACGAUCAGGACUUUGACAGUGAUGCGCUACGAUCUUAUCAGCUCGACCGUCUACGAUACUACUAUGCCGUCAUGGUCUGCUCAAGCCCAGCGGUUGCGCAGAAGCUCUACGAGGCUGUCGAUGGACGGGAGUACCAGUCAUCCUCCAACUUUCUUGAUCUACGAUUUGUUCCCGAUGAUGUUACUUUCGAUGACGAGCCCAGAGACGAGUGCGAAAAGGUUCCCGAGUCAUACAAGCCUGUUGAAUUCGUGACAAACGCCCUUCAGAGCUCAAAGGUCAAGCUUACCUGGGACAUGCAUCCUGAGGAGGCAUCGCGCAAGGAGUCCAUCAACCGUGCUUUCAGUGGUAGUCGCAACGAGAUCGAAGAGAACGAUCUCCGCGCAUACUUGGCAAGCGACAGCGAAGAUGACGAUGGUCUGGAGGAAGAAGAGGUUGUUGAAGAAAAGGGAGAAGAUGAGGCAAAGCUUUCCAAGAAGGAGUUGGCGCGUCGGAAAAUGCGCGCUGCCUUGGGUCUCUCCGAGGAACCUACCAAGUCUUCCAAGAACGCCCCCGUAGGCGACAUGGAGAUUACUUUCACCCCCGCUCUGUCAGAGAGUGCACCUAAGAAGACAGCUGAGGAAGAGACAACAAUUGAGAAGUACAUCCGAAAGGAAAAGGAGCGCAAGGAGAAGAAGCGCGAAGCUGCACGAGCUCGACGUGCGGGUAAGGAGGACCCUGAUGCGGAAGAGGAGGAAGAGGAGGUUGUCGAGGCACCUGAAGGCGAUGCUGACGACCUUGGCUUCGACGAUCCCUUCUUCACAGCCGCCGAAGACCCCGCAGCAUCUUCCAAGACCUCCAUCCGCAAAGCCGACCGUCUCAAGAAGCGCGAAGCCCGCGAAGCCGCUGAGGCCGAAAACAAAGCCCAGAAGAAGCAGCUCGAGAAGGUCAUGGCCGACGUGGACGCAGACCAAGCUGAUCACCUAGACCACUUCGACAUGAACGAGAUUGUGCGCGCCGAGAAAGCCAAGAAGAAGAAGGGCAAAGCCAAAAAGAAGGCCCUCGCGAAAGAAUCUCGCGGCGGUCUGCAGGAGGACUUUAGCAUGGAUGUUGACGAUGAUCGUUUCAAGGCUGUAUUUGAGAGUCACGAGUAUGCUAUUGAUCCCUCGAAUCCCAAGUUCAAGGCUACGGAGGGGAUGCAGAAGUUGCUUGAGGAGGGUAGGAAGAAGAGACGAAAUGCGGAGGGAGGAGAUGAGGAGCCUAGAAGUAAGAAGGCUAAGAAGGGACGGAAGUAA